AUGGCUAUCGACGGGCUCAUCAUCCUCGACCUCGCAGGCAAGCCCAUCGUCCAGUCUGGCUUCCGCGCCUUCUCCCCAGCGUACCCGCUCAUCCACAUCGACGCCUUCAGCAGCGCACUCGGCCGCGCCAGCCGACCCCGGGACGUAGAUCCGGUCAUCUAUGUUCCGAGCUUUGAACUCGACGCACCCAGCGCGUGCUGCCACCUUCCCCACGGCGGCCUCACGUUCUUGUGUCCCGUCAGUGGUGACAUCGACCCGCUCUACGCCUUCGCCUUCCUUCGGACGUUCAUCGAGAUCCUCCAGGAUUACCUCGGCAACAUCAGCGCCGCGACUAUCAAAGACAACUUCGAUGUAGUCUACCAGCUGCUCGAAGAGACACUCGACUCCGGCGGCCAUCCUCUCACCACCUCCCCCAAUGCUCUGCGCGACAUUGUCCUACCUCCUUCGCUUCUUCAGAAGAUCUUGUCCGUGGCUGGUGUAUCCGGGCUUUCGAACGCUGGUAUGCACGGAGCCCAUACAAUGGGCGCCUUCUCGAGUCCAAUACCAUGGAGAAAAGCUGGGCUUAAAUAUAACACCAAUGAGAUUUAUUUCGACAUUGCAGAAACCCUGAGGGCAGUGAUGAACAAGAGUGGAGCAAUCGUCACCAGCAGCGUGCUCGGAAAGAUUGAGACGAACUGCAAGCUGUCAGGCACGCCAGACCUGUCGCUCACAUUUACCAAUCCAAAAGUGAUAACAGACCCUUCCUUUCACCCUUGUGUUCGUCUCACCCGCUUCGCUCAAAGCAAAGUCCUUUCAUUUGUACCUCCAGAUGGACACUUUACCCUCAUGGAGUACAGCUUCUCUCCUUCAUCUCAGUUGUCGUCACCACCGCCCGCCGGCCUGACCGCUGUUGUCCAGAAUCAGGCGAACGUUCAGGUGCCUUUCAACGUAAAGGCGGUGCUGCGAGUCACGGAGACGGGAGGGUCGUUCGAUGUGACAGUGACAUCCCGCCUCUCAACACACACGAUUGAAGACUUCGUUCUGGAGCUAUGCCUUGGUGAAGGUGCGACAACCGCAAACUGUGACGUCGGCAGCACUGCAGAGUGGACAUUCAUGCCUGCAACGCAAGUCUUGCGAUGGGCGAUACCCAGCAUUCCCUCCUCGUCUGGCCGUUGGAACUUGCAGGGGACAUUUAUCUCGUCGUCUGCUCGUCCGCGUCCCUCACGCUCAAUACAGACUUCGUUCUCUCUUUCAUCACAUCUGUUCUCCGCGCUGAAGGUCGACCAGCUGAAAGUCACGGGUGAACUUUACAAGCCUUAUAAAGGCGUGCGGGGUCGGAGCCAAGGGAGCGUCGAGUGGAGAGUGGAGUGGGCUGUUGACUCUUGA